CAAAACCCUAUUCCGAAUUGGUUUGCAACACGGACAACACACGCAACUGGAUGCUCCCACAACAAACCGAACCCGUAGUUCCUACGCAAACAUACAUCCAUCGCCAUUGUUACAACUACAUUCUUCAUUUCUCUCUGUAAAACAAACACACUCACACACACCGAGAGAGAGAGAGAUAUGGUGGGAGUGCUGUCCAACAAGAUCAGCAAGGACGAACUCAAGCCAGGCGAUCACAUCUACACGUGGAGGAACGCCUACCUCUACUCCCAUCACGGUAUAUAUUGUGGUGAUGGAAAGGUGAUACACUUCACUCGUGGGGCUGGCCACGAGAUAGGCACAGGAACACCGUUAGACCGCAUAAUUUUCAGCUCAUCUUCAUCUCAUCCUCUAGACGCUCCAUGCCCACAAUGCGGUGAUCAAUCAAGGCUUGAUGGUGUUAUAUGUUCUUGCAUCGAUUGUUUUCUUUGUGGUGGUGCACUCUACCGCUUUGAGUAUGCUGUCUCACCAGCUUUCUUUCUUGCCAAAGCUCGAGGAGGGACAUGCACCCUUGCCGCUUCUGACCCACCAGAGGAUGUCCUUCACCGUGCUGAAUUCUUACUGAAUAAUGGAUUUGGCGUCUACAACAUCUUUAAGAACAACUGUGAGGAUUUUGCAAUAUACUGUAAGACAGGUUUACUUGUCUUCAGUAACGUUUCAGUGGGUCGGAGUGGACAGGCAACAUCAUUUGUAGCUGCUACUACUGUCAUCGUUUCUUCACCACUUCGCUUCCUAACGACCAGCUUUCCUGGUCUGGUCACUGUGGGUUGUACUAUGUAUUGUGUUAGCCGUUUUGUUUCUGAUAUUGGAGUACGACGCGAUGUGGUUAAAGUUGUGGUUGAGAGGCUUGUUGCCCGCUCCGGCAUAGAUGAGUCAGAGGCUUCAACUGAGAUGGCCAAGUAAGAGUGAAUUUGUUACAAGUUGGUUGCUAUUGAAUGCUUGUCAUGGUAAAUGUUGAUAUUUGCACAUCAUUGUAUUUCUCACUUUGCCCCAAUUGAAUGCUGUCAUGCUAUAUGUUGUAAUUUGCUCUGCAUUUGUGUAUUUGCAUUGUUAUUGGUACCUUGAUGGUGUGAUAGAUGAUAUAUAAGGGAAAUAUUCUAUUUUGGUC